CCUGCAGGAAUGCCCACAUUACAGCUACUCAGAGAGUGAGACACACACAGAGAGGAAGAGUAGAGCGUCGGGUGUUGUACGGCAAGAUAAUGAGCUUAUGGCAGUGAACCUGGGGAAGCCUUUGGCAGAGAUUGAAGCUGUUAAUUGAUCAGGACAAGGCCUACCAGGAAAGAAGGGAGGAGGAAAACGACCAAAAGGUUGAAAGUCUGAAGGAGGAGCUGACCAAACUCAAGUCGUUUGCGUUGAUGGUGGUUGAUGAACAACAGCGUCUGACUGAGCAGCUGAAACAACAAACAGCAAAGUUCCAAGAGCUGAGUGUCACUGCUUCGCAAGCCCAGGAGGAGCUGAGCUCAGCUAAUGCCCGGCUGCAGGAAGAAGAGCAAAAGGUCUUUCGCUUGGAGGCGGAGCUGCAUGACCACUCCGGUCGAUUCCAUCAGGAACAAGAGACCAUGAGUGCCAAACUGACCAGCGAGGACGCACAAAACAGGCAGCUGCGCCAAAAGCUGUCCACUCUCAGCAGGCAGCUUGAUGAGCUGGAGGAGACCAACAAGACCCUGCGCAGAGCAGAGGAGGAACUGCAGGAGCUGAGAGACAAAAUCAGCCGUGGCGAGUGUGGAAACUCUAGCCUCAUGUCUGAGCUCGAAGAGUUACGUAAAAGGGUGCUUGAAAUGGAGGGGAAGGAUGAAGAGUUGAUCAGAAUGGAGGACCACUGCAGGGACCUGAACAAGAAGCUGGAGAAAGAGGCCACUCAAAGCCGGAGCUUGAAGGCUGAAGUCGAUAAACUGAACCACAGAAUUAUGGACUUGGAGAAAUUAGAGGACGCAUUCAGCAAGAGCAAACAAGAAUGCAACUCUCUGAAAAGUAACCUGGAGAAAGAGAGGACGGUGUCACAGGUUCUGACCAGUGAGCUGGAAGUCUUGAAAGUCAGGGUCAAAGAACUGGAGGAGGCUGAGAGUCAACUCGGGAAGACGGAGCUGACUCUGAAGGAAGAUCUAACCAAGUUAAAGACUUUGACAGUCAUGCUGGUGGAUGAGAGGAAGGCCAUGGCAGAGAAGCUCAAGCAGAUGGAGAACAAGGUCCACAACAGCACUGGGAAACUUCAGGCUGAACAGGACAAAGUGACCUCCGUCACAGAGAAGCUAAUUGACGAGAGCAAGAAAGCCCUAAGGUCAAAGGCUGAGCUUGAGGACAAAAUGUGCGGCGCUACAAAGGAACGGGAUGACUUGAAGGCCAAGUUGAGUGCUGAAGAGGAGAAGAGCAACGAUUUGGAGUCUAAGAUCAAUAUGAUGAAGAAAAGGUUGCAAUCGCUUGAGAACAUCGAAAGAGAAUACGUGAGAAGCAAAGCUAAGGAGGAGAACACCAAACCCCCCAUUGCUAACCGCUUCCAACAAGAAGAGAACAAAGUAAAGGAUUUGACGCAGGAGGUCGAACGCCUCAGGCGCAAAUUAAAAGACAUGAAGGUGGUAGAAGGUGACCUCUUGAAAACAGAGGAGUUUGAAUCACUCGAGAAAAGAUUCAACAGUGAACAAGAGAAAGGUAAAACAUUAAUGGAGGAACUGGAAAUAUCCAGAAAUGAACUUUCAAAGUACCAGCUGGCUGAAACGAAAGAGUGCAACCAAGAGCAUGUUCUUUAUAAACGCUUGAAGGAAGAGGAGGCUAAGUCGAGCCAUUUGACCAGAGAAGUAGCAGCUCUGAAGGAGAAGAUCCAUGAAUACAUGGGGACAGAGGACUCCAUUUGCCGCAUGAAAACUGACCACUCGACACUCCAAAGAAAACUGACCCAACAGGAAGUCAGAAACAAAGAACUGGCCAGAGAAAUGGAGACACUCAACAGAGAGCUUGAGAGAUAUCGACGCUUUAGCAAAAGUCUUCGCCCUGGCAUGAACGGAAGGCGCUUUUCAGACCUUCAUGUUGCCACCAAGGAGGUUCAGACAGAGCCCCAGGACCCAAUGUCUCCCAACUGUACAAUGACCAUGGCCCCCCUGGAACGUGCUGUGGUGAACGGGAAGCUGUACGACGAGGGCGAAGCCGAGGAGAACGCAAACUACAGCAAUGAGCUUCAGCUCACCAAAUGCAGCCCCUCACUUUUAAAUAAUGUAAAUAAUCUAAACAACUUGAGAAGAGCUCGAGUCCCGUUUGUUCAAAACAAAGACGCCUCCCUUCAGGUGAAUGGUAAAGUGCAACCACGGCAGAAUGGCAACCACGUUCAGCCUGGAGAUGUGGUGUUGACCCACAGUCCUGGGCAGCCUCUGCACAUUAAAGUGACUCCUGACCACGGACAUAACACAGCUACGCUGGAGAUCACCAGCCCGACCACAGAAAACACCCAGUCGUUCACCAGCACUGCCGUCAUACCCACAAGUGGAGGUCCACCCAAACAAAGAAUUACAAUCAUCCAGAAUGCUUCCAUAUCCCCGAAUGCUAAAUCCAUCUCCCCAUUGAUGAAAUCUAAAGGGUCCCCCAUCUCUGACGAACUGUGUUCACCAGACAGGGCCCUAUCACCUUUCAAUAUGGCUGCAUACUCAAGAGCAAUGUCUCCAGACUCUUGUGGCUCUGUGACACCAGACAGAGCCAUUUCACCUAUACAGAUAGUGUCAGUCACAACAGGCACCCCUGAACGCUCCCUCUCCACGGAGCCACUGGAGGUUGUUGGAGGGCACGCAGUGUUCCGCGUGACCCCAGAAAGGCAAAGCAACUGGCAGAUCCAGAGGUCUAACAGCUCUGGGCCGAGCGUCUUCACCACGGAGGACAACAAAAUCCACAUUCACUUAGGGAGCCCCUUCAUUCAGAGCAUCAGCACUCCAACGCAAACACUGAGUCCAUGCAACACACCUGGGCUCCAGGAGCAAAGGACUCAGGUGAUUGCAAAUUGCAGUAAUUCUACUAUCAAAGCCACCAGCAAAAUCACAAGUAGCAUCACGAUUAAGCCCACCUCCAGCCAAAUCCAAAGGCCAUCACAAAUUACAGUAAGUAAUGUCUAUGAGUGACCUGAUAACCCCCGAAAGUCUCCAUCCCAUCCUUUGUUACUGAGUCCUCCCCAUGAGAUCCAACACAACCAUAGACCCUUAUACCCCAACUCUAUACCCUGACAUUUCAUCUGUCUGUGAUUUAUGAACUUAAACCGUGGUUUGAAUGUUUCUUUUUGUUUUGGGUUGGUUUGCUUGGUUAUGUGUGAUUACAUUGAAAUAAUUGUUUGCCUGCAUGAGAGAUCAAUACCAUUUGAAAGCACUAUAAAUAUUGAUUUAAUUUGACAUAACACCUGGUUUUAACUUAUGUGCACUUACUGUAUUGUACUCAGUGGCACAUUUGCCACGCAGUCAGACUAUUCACACUGAUGUAUCAUAUCAGCUUUUAUACUUCAUAUUACACAUACUGCAUUAUGAUUACGUUGUUUGGUUUUCUGAGGAUUAAAGUGUGCAAAAAAAAAUAUGUUUUAUAGUUUGUCAUCAAUGCUUGCCAAUUUCAUUUACUCACUAAAUCCAGCAUGUUUUGAAUGUUAAUAAAUAAAAAAUAAUUAUCUGGGGAAAUGAUUUUUGGCGCAUGCACAGUAACUUUUUAACACUUUCAAUUUCAAUCCAAUGUUUUUUAUGUUACAGUGUGUUAACUAAAGAUUUCAAUUCACUUUCUCAGAAUUGAACAUAAAGAAUGUCCAGACUUUGUUAGACCUAAUUAAAUAAUACCCAAGUGGAA